AUGUCCAACCGAACCACCAUGACCGAGUUCCUUCUCCUGGGAUUCUCUGACGUUCGGGAGCUGCAGAUUUUGCACUUUGUGGUGUUUCUGGUAAUUUACCUGGCAGCCCUGGUGGGGAAUCUUCUCAUCAUCACAGCCGUAGCCCUCGACCACCAUCUUCACACCCCCAUGUACUUCUUCCUGAUGAAUUUGUCCAUUCUAGACAUUGGCUUCAUUUCUGUCCCAGUCCCCAAAUCCAUGGCCAACUCCCUCAUGAACACCAAGUCAAUUUCUUAUUCUGGAUGUGUCACACAAGUCUUUUUCUUUAUGUUCUUUGCUGUAACCGAGUACUCCAUACUCACCGUCAUGGCAUACGACCGAUACGUCGCCAUCUGCCAACCAUUGCACUAUGAGAGAGUGAUGAACAGGAGAGCUUGUGUCCAAAUGGCAGCCAGUGCUUGGAUAAGUGUUUUUGUCUAUGCUGCAGUGCACACCGGGAACACGUUUGCACUAUCCUUCUGUGGAGGCAACAUGGUGGAUCAGUUUUUCUGUGAAAUCCCCCAGCUCCUCAAGCUCGCCUGCUCUGACACAUACCGCCGUGAAACUGGGGUUAUUCUCUUUAGUACAUGCUUAGGCUUCAGCUGCUUUGUUUUUAUAGUUGUGUCGUAUGUUAAGAUCUUCACCACAGUGCUGAGAAUCCCCUCUGAGCAGGGCCGGCAUAAAGCUCUAUCCACCUGCCUCCCUCACCUCAUUGUGGUCUCCUUGUUCUUCUUCACUGUAAUCUUUGCCUACCUGAAACCCACCUCCAGCUCAACAUCAGUGCUGGAUCUCAUGGUGCCUGUUCUCUAUUCUGUGAUGCCUCCAAUGAUGAAUCCAAUCAUCUACAGCAUGAGGAACAAGGAGAUCAAAGCUGCCCUGAGGAAACUCAUGGCGGGGAGGUUAUUCACCAAAAAUGAACUGUCCAUCUUUCAUCUUUGAUCGUGAUUUCUUUCUGUGUUUCUUUUUAAAUAUAAUCAAAUGAAAACAUUAUUGAAACCAUAUUUUGAAAUCUGCUUAUGCAGAAAGGGGCAUUUACACUGAUAAAAAUGCAGAGUCAGGACAAUGGACUUACUAUCUAUUUACAACAAUAUAAAUAAGAUCAGAAUCUAUCUAUCUAUCCUGUAUUGCCACCCACCAUCACACCAUCUCAGCACCUUCCACCUAAAAUGAAUAGCCAUUAUCAAGUUCCCAAUGGACUCGAUGAGGUCUCUGACCCUUUUCCUUUUGCAGGUAUAAAUGCUGCUUUGGAUACGAUGGCUUUUGGUGAAUUGUUUGCUUGUGUGACAGAGUGUGGUGUGAUGGUGUCAUGUUGUGAACUUUGUUGUAGUAUAUGUGGAAAUAUUGUCACGGUAACAGGACAAGUCAGACCUGGCUCAAUGGCAGCCUAUUGUGC